CCAUCAUUGGGUAUUGUGUCCCGAAAGUUUCAGAAGCAAAUCUCUUACUAAUGAAAAAAUGGUAUGUGAAUGGUUGUUGAGUUCUUGUCAAGCCUCUAGACUCUCUAUAACUCGAGCAAAUGGCCUCAUCUUUUGACUAGAGAAAGAGCAUAGGUUGGGCUUCAAUUCUGUGCUAAAAUAUCGACAAUUACUUGUGUAUUUGCUAAAAAACAAUGCUUACUUUAAUAAGUUCUUUUUUACCCAUUUUUGUCAGCAUGAGUGCAAGCCAUUGGCUAUUUGAAAAUAGUACGCUUCAAUAUACCUAUGAUUAAUUUUAUUAUACUUAUCAACAACUUCAAAGUGAAAAUGUCGUCCUCUAAUGCAGCCAGACACGGUGAGGAUGCUUUCCAAAACUUUCAAGUCACUUUAAUAUACCUAGCCAAUAAUAGAUGAACAUAGGACAAUGUUCACUGAUACUGACAGAAAAUGAGUAAAAAAAGGACUUAUUAAAGUAAGCAUUGUUCUUUAGCAAAUACACAAGUAAUUAUCGAUAUUUUAGCACAGAAUUGAAGCCCAACCUAUGCUCUUUCUGUAGUCAAAAGAUAAGGCCAUUCACUCGAGUUAUAGAGAGUCUAGAGACUUGACAAGAACUCAACAACCAUUCACAUACCAUUUUUCAUUAGUAAGAGAUUUGCUUCUGAAACUUUCAGGACACAAUACCCAAUGAUGGGGGAAUAUCUUCUGAAAAUUUCAGAAGAAUUCAUUGAACUAUCACUAAGUUAUUAAUCUCUCAAUGGUAUGAUAUAGUUUUUCGGUAUAUCAAUAUUUACACUAAAAUGAUCAUAGUUCAUCAAUAGAUAGAUAAACUUUAAUGAAAUUUUUAGUACAAAUAGCUACUAGGUAGGGCUACAAAAUGAGGGAUUGGCCGACUCAAAAUAUUUUAUCUUUCUCGAGUUAUCAAGUUCACAAUGCAUACCAAUGACAUCCAUUAGAACUCCAUUCUUACUCGAGCCCCUGUGGUGUAGAUGGUGCCGCUGAUCCACAUUCUUUAUGGGCUACCUGCGCACCUAUUUUCAGCCGUUCAGUUCUUGUAUGGACUGAGAUUCGAGGAGGGGAUACUUUUGUCAAGUAGUGUAAUUCUUCAAAAAUUUCAAAAAAAAACAUUUUCUAAUUUUAGGAUCUUUUAUGGGGCAAUAGUGUUUAUUUAAAAGAAGCUAAUGCGAUAAGUGUUGAAUUACGUAAACGUGUUCAAUUUCAAUUUGUUCUUCUAACUAAUACACUCUAUUCCCCAUUACCAACUGAUUUAUAUCCAUCAUUAUCAUUAUCUAAACAUACAAUUGUUGCUAUUGAAGUACAAGAUUUAAAAAAUGGUGCUGUACAUUAUUGGUCAUUAGAAAAAUUUCGAUCUCGUCUGGAAAUCAUGCGUCAUAUAUACAAUUGUGAGCAAAUUUCAAUACCACGUGCAAUUAGUUAUAAUGAUAUGAGCGAUUCAUCAUCGCAACAUAUUGUUAUGAGAAAUGAUUCUCAAAAUUCAAGUUUUGAUGAUGCAACACCAUGUCCAACAAUUAAAGGAAAAUUUGAUUUUUCGACUAAUGCCAGACAACGACUUGAAUUAAUGCGUGAAAUGUAUUCAAAUGCAGCUGAUGUUUCACCAACAUCACCAAAUCGAAGUAUGGACUCGUUGACAACUGAUGAUGUAUCAACAGCUACUAUUCAAGCUGAUCCAUUUUAUGAUCGAUUUCCUUGGUUUCGACCUAUUGGAAGGUGA